CUCACUGUCUCUCACAGCAUAAACUACCACAACCUCUUAAAUAUUUCUCUCAUGAAAAUAUUUGGAUAAAAUUUGGAAAAAAAUUCCCAUUUCUUACCUCCCAAGCAGGAUUAUUUGUUUGUCAAGAAAUCGGUUCUCCUCUAUACACAAGUUCUAAGCUCAGCAUGUUUUGGCUGGAUUGUGGAUAAUAGCUUUUGAUAAUCAGAGGCAAAAGGGAAUACUUUCAAAGAAGAUAUAUUCUUCGAUGGCUGCUUCCAGUGAAAGGUGGAUUGACCGUCUUCAGUUCUCCUCAUUGUUCUGGCCUCCCCCACCUGAUGGUCAACAAAGAAAGGAUCAAACUGCUGCAUAUGCUGAGUACUUCAUUCAGUUUACAUCAGAACAAUUUGCUGAUGAUAUUGCUGAGUUGAUCCGGAACCGUUAUCCAUCAAAGGAAAUUCUUCUCUUUGAUGACGUUUUGGCGACAUUUGUUCUUCAUCAUCCAGAGCAUGGGCAUGCAGUUGUACUUCCAAUUAUUUCAUGUAUUAUUGAUGGUACACUAGUCUAUGAUAAGACUAGCCCUCCAUUUGCUUCUUUCAUAUCUUUAGUCUGCCCAAAAAGUGAGAAUGAAUACUCAGAACAAUGGGCUCUGGCAUGUGGUGAAAUUUUGCGUAUUUUAACUCAUUACAAUCGCCCCAUAUACAAAAUGGAAAAGCAAUUUGGUGAAACAGAAAGAAGCAGUAGUGGUAGCCGUGCAACGACUAGUGACCCUGUUGAUGGGAAAUCUGGCCACAAUUCUUUGACCCAGCAAGAGAAGAAACCUAUAAGGCCCUUGUCCCCCUGGAUUACUGAUAUAUUGCUGGCUGCACCAGUAGGCAUUAGAAGUGACUAUUUUCGGUGGUGCAGUGGUGUUAUGGGUAAAUAUGCUGCAGGAGAACUAAAGCCUCCAUCAACUGCUUCUUCCCGCGGUUCUGGGAAGCAUCCUCAACUUGUGCCUUCAACUCCAAGAUGGGCUGUUGCCAAUGGUGCUGGUGUUAUAUUAAGUGUUUGUGAUGAUGAAGUUGCUCGUUAUGAAACUGCUACUUUAACAGCAGCUGCUGUCCCUGCACUUUUGCUUCCUCCUCCAACAACAGCUCUUGAUGAGCAUCUGGUUGCUGGAUUGCCAGCUCUAGAGCCAUACGCACGCUUAUUUCAUAGAUAUUAUGCAAUUGCUACUCCAAGCGCUACACAAAGACUUCUUCUCGGACUUCUAGAAGCACCCCCUUCGUGGGCUCCAGAUGCACUUGAUGCUGCUGUGCAGCUUGUCGAACUUCUUCGAGCUGCUGAAGAUUAUGCUUCUGGCAUAAGGCUUCCUAGAAAUUGGAUGCAUUUGCAUUUCUUGCGUGCAAUAGGGACUGCAAUGUCCAUGAGAGCUGGUAUAGCCGCUGAUGCUGCGGCCGCUUUGCUUUUCCGUGUACUUUCACAACCUGCAUUACUUUUUCCUCCUCUUAGGCAAGUUGAUGGAGUUGAAGUUCAGCAUGAACCUUUGGGUGGUUAUAUUUCUUCUUACAAAAAGCAGAUAGAAGUUCCUGCAGCUGAAGCCUCUAUUGAGGCCACUGCCCAAGGCAUUGCAUCAAUGCUUUGUGCCCAUGGUCCAGAGGUUGAAUGGAGAAUUUGCACCAUUUGGGAAGCUGCUUAUGGCCUGAUUCCUACAAGUUCCUCAGCUGUUGAUCUUCCAGAAAUUAUAGUUGCAACCCCACUACAACCUCCCAUGCUGUCAUGGAAUUUGUACAUACCCCUACUUAAGGUCCUGGAAUAUCUUCCUCGUGGAAGCCCAUCAGAAGCAUGUCUCAUGAAAAUAUUUGCUGCUACGGUGGAAGCUAUUCUUCAGAGGACAUUUCCAUCUGAGUCCACUCGAGAACAAAACAGGAAAACAAGAUACUUCUCUGCUUUUGGUUCUACCUCUAAAAACCUUGCUGUUGCAGAACUUCGUACUAUGGUUCAUUCACUUUUCUUAGAAUCAUGUGCAUCUGUAGAGCUUGCUUCCCGCCUACUUUUUGUUGUCUUAACUGUCUGCGUCAGUCAUGAAGCCCAAUUCAGUGGAAGCAAGAAGCCAAGAGGUGAAGAUAAUUAUUCAGCUGAGGAAAUCAUUGAGGACUUACAAGCAAUGUCUGAAAGCCAGAAAGAAACAAAAAAUAGAAAGACGAAGAAGCAAGGUCCUGUAGCAGCAUUUGAUUCUUAUGUUCUUGCUGCCGUUUGUGCUCUUGCCUGUGAGCUUCAGUUGUUCCCUUUGGUUUCUCGGGGGAAUAACCAUUCUGCUUCCAAUAAUGCGCGAGAUAUAGCCAAGCCUUAUAGAAUAAAUGGAUCUUCCCAUGAGUUGCGGAAUGGCAUAGAUUCAGCAGUACGCCAUACUCACAGAAUUUUAGCAAUUUUAGAGGCACUAUUUUCAUUGAAGCCAUCUUCUGUUGGCACCCCAUGGAGUUACAGCUCAAAUGAGAUAGUUGCAGCAGCUAUGGUUGCUGCCCAUGUUUCUGAGCUAUUUAGACGGUCAAAAGCUUGCAUGCGUUCUCUGUCUGUUCUGAUUCGUUGCAAAUGGGACAAUGAAAUUCACUCCAGGGCGUCAUCAUUGUAUAAUCUCAUAGAUAUUCACAGCAAAGCUGUUGCAUCUAUAGUUAACAAGGCAGAGCCAUUAGAAGCAACCUUAAUUCAUGCACCCAUUUGGAAAGGCUCAAUUGUUAGCUCUGAUAGUAAAAAACGGAAUCAGUGUGAAAGCAGUAGCUGCUUUGAGCCUGGGCAAACAUCUGUUGCGUCUUUGGAAGAUUCAGACCCCUCAAAACCUAACCAUAAAUAUGUGAAAACUCCAUGUUCAAAUGAAGCAUCAAGGUACACCUUGGGUAAAGGUGCCACAGGUUUAGCGUUGGAUGCUUCUGAUCUAGCCAACUUCCUCACGAUGGACAGGCAUAUAGGACUGAAUUGCAAUGCACAAAUUUUUCUGAGAUCCACGCUGGCAGAGAAACAAGAGUUAUGUUUCUCUGUAGUUUCACUACUGUGGCACAAGUUGAUUGCAUCUCCUGAAACUCAACCUUGUGCAGAAAGCACUUCUGCCCAACAGGGCUGGAGACAGUUUGUUGAUGCAUUAUGCAAUGUUGUAUCAGCCUCACCUACGAAAGCAGCUACAGCAGUUGUUCUUCAGGCGGAUAGAGAAUUGCAGCCCUGGAUUGCAAAGGAUGAUGAUCUCGGUCAAAAGAUGUGGAGAAUCAAUCAACGGAUCGUAAAAUUGAUAGUAGAACUUAUGAGGAAUCAUGACAGUGCAGAAUCAUUGGUAAUUAUGGCAAGUGCAUCAGAUUUACUACUACGAGCCACAGAUGGGAUGCUGGUUGAUGGAGAAGCUUGCACUUUACCACAGCUGGAGCUACUGGAAGCAACAGCUAGAGCAGUUCAGCCUGUGCUUCAGUUCGGAGAAUCUGGAAUGGCAGUGGCAGAUGGCCUUUCAAACCUUUUAAAGUGUCGGCUACCAGCUACUGUUAGAUGCCUUUCUCAUCCAAGUGCACAUGUCCGUGCUCUGAGCAUAUCAGUUCUUCGUGACAUUUUUCAUACUGGUUCAAUCAGAUCUUGUCCUAAACCACCGCGAAUAAAUGGCAACCAUAACCCCUCUUAUCAAUACUACAAUUUAGAUGUCAUAGACUGGCAAGCUGACACAGAAAAAUGCUUGACAUGGGAAGCUCACAGCCGACUUUCAAAUGGAUUGUCUAUUAAGUUUCUUGAUAUUGCUGCCAAAGAAUUAGGCUGUUCUAUCCAUAUGCAAUGACAUGGAUCCAUGUAGAACCAUCUUACCCUCAGCCGGUGACAAUUUUUUUACCAGACUUAUAUAUAGUAACGGACGUUAUUUGUGCUUUUGGAACUAACGGUUUUGCAAAUAAGCAACAUCAUUCUGAUAGUCCUGCAGUCAUAAUUCCAGUCUGUUUAUAGAAAAGCUCAUGUUGUAUUUUAUGCAUGUGUUGUACUUAUAAACCCUGAGCAAAUAUUACUCUGCUCUCAAUAGAACAGUCUUGUACAGUAACGAAAGACGAGGCUUUAACCACGUCUCUUUUUAUCCGUCUCAUGUUGUCUUAUUCUUAUAUUGAUGUAUCUUCUCAUGAAAUUCAGUUUUAAUUAUUAGACUGA